UCGAAAACACAAGUUUGAUUUUUUUCGACUCUGUGUUUGUGUCGAAUCUGCUGAUGAGGAAGUUCAGAUGCGCCAAUAAUCAUCGCCUAUUGAAAGAUAUUAUGGCAGCCACCAAAGCCUCCAAAGAGCAGAAAUACGACAGGCAGCUCAGACUGUGGGGUGAUCAUGGUCAAGAAACACUGGAGAAUGCACACGUUUGUCUCAUUAAUGCCAACGCAACUGGUACAGAGUUACUGAAGAACCUGGUACUUCCAGGUAUUGGAGCAUUCACAAUAGUUGAUGGCCAUACAGUUACUGGAGAAGAUGUUGGAAACAACUUCUUCCUUACACAUAACAGCAUUGGAAAGAACAGAGCACAGGCUGCAACGGAACUGUUACAGGAACUAAACAGUGAUGUCUCUGGAAACUUUGUUGAAGAGAGUCCAGACAAACUUCUGGACAAUGACCCAGAGUUUUUCCAGAGGUUUACCAUAGUCAUAGGUGUCCAAUUACCAGAAAGUACGUGUUUGAGACUCAGCUCAGUUCUGUGGGCCGUCUCUGUACCCUUCCUAAUCUGUAAAACCUACGGCCUCAUUGGAUACAUGAGAUUAGCAGUGCAGGAGCAUACAGUGAUUGAGUCACACCCAGACAAUGCUUUGGAGGACCUAAGGUUAGAUCUGCCUUUUGAUGAACUCAACAACCAUGUUCAGACCUAUGACCUCGACAGUAUGGAAAAAAAGGAUCACAGCCACACGCCGUGGAUAAUUAUUGUUGCUAAGCAUCUUGAGAAAUGGCUGAUUGAGCACAAUGGUCAGUCGCCAAAGAACUACAAAGAGAAAGAGGCCUUCAGACAGUUUAUUCGAGAAGGGAUCUUGAAGAAUGACAAUGGUGUCCCAGAGGAUGAGGAAAACUUUGAGGAAGCUGUUAAGAAUGUCAAUACUGCUUUAAAUCCAACUAAGAUAUCAAGUACUGUUGAGGACCUCUUCAAUAGCAAACAGUGCAACAACAUCACAUCACAGACCCCAUCAUUCUGGGUGAUGUUGAGAGCUGUUAAGGAGUUUGUUCAUAACGAAGGCAAUGGAAAUCUGCCUGUCCGGGGAACCAUUCCAGAUAUGAUCGCAGACUCUCAGAAAUAUAUCAACCUUCAAAAUGUUUACAGGGAAAAGGCUUUGCAGGAUGCAGCUGCUGUUUCUAAGCAUGUAGAAAAUCUAUUAAAGUCUGUUGGAAAGCCUCCAGAGAGCAUCUCUGAAAAGGACAUCAAACUUUUCUGUAAGAAUGCGUCCUUUUUAAGGGUGGUGCGCUGCAGAUCUCUGGCUGAAGAAUACAGUGUGGAUUCAGUAAACAGGGAUGAAAUCGCCUCAUGCAUGGACAAUCCAGACAGCGAGAUGGUCUUCUACCUCAUGCUUCGCGCUGUUGAUUGCUUCUAUCAGCAGCAUUCUCGCUAUCCAGGGGUUUACAACUACCAGGUGGAAGAGGACAUCAGCAAACUAAAGUUUUGUGUCAACUCCCUUCUGCAGGAGUACAGUCUCAAUGUCAACAUCAAAGACGACUAUAUCCACGAGUUCUGUCGAUAUGGAGCUGCAGAGCCACACACAGUUGCAGCAUUUUUGGGAGGAUCAGCUGCUCAAGAGGCCAUCAAGAUCAUCAGCCGACAGUUUGUGCCAUUUAACAACACUUUCAUUUACAACGCAAUGUCUCAGACGUCUGCCACCUUUCGGCUAUGAGUUGCUGAUGUGGACUUUGCUUACAGAAAAUAAUAACCAUAACUAAGGAGGCUGUGACGACUGGCUUUAAUGCAUCUUAAAUGUAAAACUGCACAUCGAGUUUUAAAAGAGAGACAAAGAGGUUGUGUAUACAUAACACUUGAAUACGACUACUACAUAAAUGUGUGUCUGCUGAUCAUAAAGUCUUGUCUUUAUUAAAGUGGGACAAAUUACUUUGAAGGUGCGGCAUAUGAAGGGGCUUACUAAAAAUAAUUUGGUUUUCUUCACACAUCACAAUUACUAAAUUAUAGUAUAUUUCUCAUUGUCCUGUUGGAGACUUAAUCAACCCCACCACGGCUCUGAAGAAGUGCUCUGGCUUUUAGGAUUGUAUAUCGUUGCAAACAUCACAACUACUAAAUUGAAUUUUUAUGUAGUAUUUUCAUUUGGCAAACUGACAUGUACACAAUGUAGCAGCACUUUGUAUAGUUUAGUAACAUCUGUUGUAUUGUUUGAAGCAAGAUGGACAUUUUUGGUUAAAAUUAAAAAGAUAAAUCUGUAACAUUUGUUGUGUUCAUAUAAAGGAAUUCAAUAUUUUACCUGA